CCUCUCCCGUGCCACCAUCCACCAUGCCCCUCACCCGCUCCCAAUCCCAGUCCCAGCGUGGACCGCCGCGCAAGAAGGCUCGUCGAAGCGCACGACUAAAUUACGCAGAAGCAGCGUUCCUACCGUCUGAUUCGGAGAGCGCAUACAGCGCUGAGACCACAGAUGCUGGGGGCGAUACGGAGACAGAAGGAUUAAGUGAGCCUCUUUCCAGAGCAGUCCGAGGUGCCACACGCCGCACACAUAACGAGGUCUCGGACGACGAGGACACAGAGGACAACUUCUCAGAGGCUCUCCGGAGGGUUCAGACGCUCUGGGAGAGUUCCAAGUCGGAGAAUGCAGAACUUCGUGAUCAGCUUAGGAGCACCCGCUUGGGUAGAGGACACCUCACAAACUACUCCACAAAGCGACAGCAGGCAAAAGAUGCGCAGACUAUCAAAGAGCUAAAGGAGAGGGUGUACACGCUGAUGGGUGACAAUGCUGAGCUGAGGCUUGAGAACCGCACGCUGCUUGAGCAGGUUGGAGGCAAGCGCAAACGAUCGCCGUCAGUCUCCGACUCGGAACCUGGGAUUGCCGAAAAGGGCGAGCUGGCCAGGGUCGCAUUGGCACGAGAGAUCAGCCCCGAAAUCGAGCUUCUGCAGCCUGUUUCCAAGCCAUCUCACAGUGCAUCAGACAAAGAGCACGCCAUGAAGACUGUGAUUACCGAGCUCAAAUACAGGCACAGCAGCAUUAAUCAUUCAUCUACGCAGUUAUUCCGCCGCUUCUACCACAUCAUGAACGAUGCCGCGAAGAAUGAGGCUACGAAGUCUAGGCGUCAAGGCGGCCCCAGUAGGGAGAAAAGUUGGAACGCGCUUCGCGCGAUCGCGAAUGAGUGGGCAGAUAUUGAGCCGCCCGACGAGAACGAGUCAGAGGGAGAGGUCGACGCCAACCUGCCCCCGGGUGACUCCGAGGAGCAGGAGGUGGAGGUAGAUGUGAUACCCACUCGAUCUUCAUCACGCACUCCCUCAAGCACGCCCCUCGCUACCCCUCCCGAAACACCCAUGGCAGGUGUAGGGUUCGUCAGGGGGCGCCGCAUCUUCAAGAAGUCCCAGGUCAGCAUGCACAGCCCUGGGCCGUCACUGUUAGGAGCCGACGCAGGACCUUCGCAAGGCACGGCGCCGUCCGGAACUACAGGAGCUGACGGGGCACUCGAACCCGGUACCCACCCAACUGUGCACCUCGCCUCUCCUGACUCGGCCUCCCCGACGACGCCUGCGCGCGCUCAAAACUCCGUUCCCGACGACACAAACACAACACAGUCCGCACGCUUGCCUCCCACCCCCACUCUUGUCGCCUGAUGAGCGAAACGAGAGGUCUUGUAUGAUGUACGAUUGGGAAUGUAUUGAUGGGUAUGCUUGAAUAUUGUUGUGUGUAUGGUAUGUAUUAUACGGCCAUGGGCAUGUUGUACCGUCAGUGCGGAGCAAUAUUGGAUGUGUUCACCGGGUACUCCGAGGCUACGCAGCUCAGACGGACGUGUGCCUUUCCGCGUCUUGCUUCCUC